CUCUGAAAGAAACUGCAUUUCUUACUUUAUACUAUCUUUAUGUUUGAUUUGCACAGCUCUCCUUGCCAGAGGAGGUGAGACAUCCGUUCCCCCUACAAGAAACUCUGAUUCUUGCAGGAUGGAUUUGCAAGAGUCAACAACAACCUUUAACUAUGACAAUGAUUAUGAUACAUCAGCACCCUGCCAAAAAACUGAUGUGAAACAAAUUGCAGCCCAGCUCCUGCCUCCACUCUACUCCCUGGUAUUCAUCUUUGGUUUUGUAGGUAACAUGAUGGUCUUCCUCAUCCUAAUAAGCUGUAAAAAGCUAAAGAACAUGACUGAUAUCUACCUGUUCAACCUUGCCAUCUCUGACCUGCUCUUCCUGCUCACUCUCCCAGUCUGGGCUCACUAUGCUGCAAAUGAGUGGGUCUUUGGGAAUAUAAUGUGUAAAUUAUUCACAGGACUCUAUCACAUUGGUUACUUUGGUGGAAUCUUCUUCAUUAUCCUCCUGACAAUUGAUAGGUACUUGGCUAUUGUUCAUGCUGUGUUUGCUUUAAAGGCCAGGACAGUUCCCUUUGGGGUGAUGACAAGUGGCGUCACUUGGGUGGUGGUCAUGUUUGCUUCUCUCCCAGAAAUAGUAUUUACCAGAUCUCAAAAAGAAGGUUUUCAUUAUACGUGCAGUCCUCAUUUUCCACACACCCAAUAUCAUUUCUGGAAGAGUUUCCAGACGUUAAAGAUGGUCAUCUUGAGCCUGAUCCUGCCCCUACUUGUCAUGGUCAUCUGCUACUCAGGAAUCCUCCACACCCUAUUUCGCUGUAGGAAUGAGAAGAAAAGGCACAGGGCUGUGAGACUCAUCUUUGCCAUCAUGAUUGUCUACUUUCUCUUCUGGACUCCCUACAACAUUGUCCUCCUCCUGAACACCUUCCAGAAAUUCUUUGGACUGAAUAAUUGCAGUAGUUCUAAUAGACUAGACCAGGCCAUGCAGGUGACAGAGACUCUUGGAAUGACACACUGCUGCAUCAACCCUGUCAUCUACGCCUUUGUUGGGGAGAAGUUCCGGAAUUAUCUCUCGGUGUUCUUCCGAAAACACAUUGUCAAACGCUUUUGCAAACACUGCUCAGUUUUCCAGCAAGACAAUCCUGAUCGUGUAAACUCAGUCUAUACCCGGUCCACAGGAGAACAGGACGUUUCUACUGGUUUAUGACCUGGGCUGAGUUUUUUAUAUCACUUAGUUUUUCUAUGUAGCUUGGGGAUAGAAAUGGUUCUUUUUAAAAAUAAAUUAGUAUCAUAGAGGGCCUAAGAUACACGUACGUGUUUGAUAUUUAAAAGAUUAGGUCUUUUAAAGCCGAUUGGUUUUAUAAAGCCAAAUGAGGAUGUAUUGAUGAGAUAGUGAUCCCUGGCCUCAUUCCCACUUACCUCCAGUUAUUGGCAAACUCUUCUUUAGCCACAAAAGUUCACUAUAGAAAACAACAACAACAAACUUUUGAGAAUGGGGGGGUUAUUUUAUUUUGUUUUUUUGAGCUUGACUAUUUGAACAAAAAAAAAACACCACCAAUCAAGAAUACCUUGUACAGUUUUUUUUUUCCUUUACAAGGCAAAAUUCAGGUUAUAAAUGUACUUAAAAUAGGUCUUUGACUUGCCCUGAGAAGAAAAGAUGAGAGUGUGACUAGUUAGGAAAUAGAUAACUAAGCUACAUAAAUUAGUUUCACAGACUUGUAUGAUCAGGUAAGUGUUCGGUGGCCUUGGAGCAGGUCUUAAUAAGAAGAAACUUGAACUAGAUCAUAUGUUAGUAAAUGAGAGGGAAGCCAUUCUCUUGCUGGCAUGACUGCAUGAGCAAAACAUACGUAUAGCUGUGGCUAGUUGAAAGGGCCAUGAAGAAAGACCAAGGCUAUAUCCUAAGGCAUCAUGUCACCACUGCUUCUUCAAAGUUAUGAACAGGGUAAGGAGCACCUGGAUUGGUUUGUACAAAACUUACUUAUGGCUAAGAGUGUCUUGGCAAUGGUGAGCAUUUAGGGCAAGUAGAUCAGUAACAAUAAGGUCAGGGUAAGAGCCAGUCACCUAGGCUAGACAGUGAGGAAGCACCACUUCUUUAUAUAAAAUGUAAAGUCAGCAGAACUUGGGUUAUAUUGGAGGUAGAGCUGAACUAGAACCCUUACACUUAAUUGGGUUGGAAUAACCAUUGAGGUUAAAAAAUAAAAUAAAUAAAAAAGAAGGGUAGAGGAAAAAGUUUGGCCUAUGAGGGUAGUCUGAAUAUACUGCUGCCUCAGGCUGGCAUUUUGUUCCUGCUCUCAGACCCAAAUCUUGCCAUUCUGGCUUUGAUCCUGAGGGGUAACCAGAGGGCUGUGAAACACCUGGCUUAUGAAUCAUGAGCCUGAGGACUAUGAAUAAUACAGACCCCUUGUGGAUUCUAGGUGAGGAUUGUUUACAUAGUUUGAACCUGGAAGUUUUCUAACCUUGAGCAGAGGCUCCGAGAGUUGAGGGAAGAGCGUCAAUUUUCUCUAUUUACAUAGCAAUCGGCAAAUCUGGGAGAUAACCAUCCUUUUAGAAACAAGUUGCUGUGAGCUUCAGGAGCUAUGAAAGUGUGAUUACUGCCUUCCGUGUUCCUGGUUAAGUGUGAGGGUUUCAGUUACUCUUUCCAGAUGGUUUCUCCACACAAACAAUGGUAAAUUGCAGAGAAGUUUAAGAUUUUUGUUGUUUCUUUUUAGUUGCUAUUUAUGAUAUUGUUUUGAAUUUUGGAUCAGUUAAGACCUCCAUAGUGAAGAUUAAGGGAAGAAACAAAGAGGUUAGAAUCUCUCAGAGGAUUCAAAUAUCUGACUAACAAGAGGUGCUACUGGUUGUUCUUAAGUUCUGAAUAUGAAACCAAAGCCUUGUGGCUGAAAGCAGGAAGUGAACAUUUGCUUUUUUCCUCUGGGAUCCACAUCUUUUUUCUCACUGUGUAGAGCAGACUAGCCUCAAGCUCAUGAUCUUCCUUAAGCACUGGGGUUACAGAUAUAUAUGAGCACACCCAGAUGUAUUUUUAUAUUUUUAAACAUAUAGAAAGUUAUAAAUUCUUUGACAUAGUAAGUCUUAUUAAAAGUGCUCUGUAAAAAAUAAUUGCAUUUUUGUCCUUUCAAUCAAGGACAAAAUGUACAUUUAGUGUAUAGUACAUGAAAUUAUGAGGAUAUUUUAUUAGUUGUUUUGGCGAACACUUUCAAAUAGUACGUAUUUAAAUUUUAAAUGUAGCUCUUAGCUUAAAUAGAUGAUGAUGAUGAUUAUAUUUCCUUUAAAAUAUUUUAACAGUCAACUUUCUUCCUGAGACAAAUUGUUAUAAUAAUUUGUUGUUAAAGAUGCUACUUCUAAAAAAAAAAAAAAAAAGAUGCUACUUCUAAGCAUGUAGUUUCUGAACAGAGUUGCUCUAAGAAAUUGUAAAUUUCAAAUUGUGCUUACUCUCAACCAAAAGAGUUUUAACAUAUUUACAAAUUUAUGUCAGAAGUAAAAAAUCUGGUUAAAAAUAAAGACAAGCUACUUUGUGGUCUGUUAUCUGAAUGGGAGACACAUGAUAGAGAGGGUAAACACUGCUUUUCUUUAUUUUUUUCCAAAGAGUGUUAGUAAUUUUUGUAAUGACAAUUCUGUAACACUGGGAUUUAUGUGCAGACAUUUCUUGUUCAGAGAGGGGAUAGAUGCUCUGGGAAAGUUUGGAACGUGCUGGUUUUCAGUCUGCUAACAGCCUCAGCUUCCAAAGAAGGGUGUGUGAAGAUGUUUGUCAUACUCCAAUGGAAGACAGACAAAAUGAGUAGGAAGCAAGACAGGGCUCUGGCUAGUACAGUGACUUCUCCUUACCAGAUUCAAAGGGUUGUUUUUCACCUCCUAGAUGUGGAGGUGGGAUGUGUCAAAGAACAGUGGGAAGCAGCUGGGCUUAGAAGAGAGAAGAAAAUCAGAGGAAGGGAGCCCUCUCUGUGUCCUAGGAUAAAGCCUGCUGUUGUGGGAAUGUGGGAAAACAUACAGUUUUUUAAAAAAUGACUAAUAUAUAUAAUCUUUCUUACCUUUCUAUAUGUUAGAUGAAUCCAUGAAGAAAAGCUGUUUGAGGUGUCAUAUGACUAUGUAUAUUUUUCAUAAUUUUAUAAAUAUUUUAAUGUCUCA